CACAUUACAUAAUAAUCAAAUAAAAUUUAACCUCCAAAUAUCUCUCACACACACACUCCCACAUUCUCUCUCUACACAAUGGCUUCAGCUACAGCACCCACAACUCUCUCACUCCUCCCCACCACCAAAUCCUCUUCCCCAUCCGCCUCCCCAUCCUCCUCCCGCGUCCACCUCUCCUCCUUCCUCGGCGCCCGCCCACUCCGCCGACUUGGAUUCGCAGCUGCCGACCCCUUGUUGGCAGUGCAGGUGGCAUCGAAGUUGAGGACAGUGAGCGGGAGAGGAGCGAGAGGAGUGGUGUCGAUGGCGAAGAAGAGUGUGGGAGACUUGAGUGCGGCGGAAUUGAAGGGAAAGAAGGUGUUUGUGAGGGCGGACUUGAAUGUCCCGCUUGAUGAUAACCAGAACAUUACUGAUGAUACUAGGAUCCGUGCUGCUAUACCAACUAUUAAACAUCUUAUUCAAAAUGGUGCCAAAGUCAUUCUUUCUAGUCACUUGGGACGGCCAAAGGGCGUCACUCCCAAAUACAGCUUGGCACCUCUUGUUCCCCGGCUUUCUGAACUCAUUGGAAUCCAGGUUAUUAAGGCCGAUGACAGUAUUGGUCCAGAAGUAGAAAAGCUGGUGGCUUCCCUUCCAGAAGGAGGAGUUCUACUUCUAGAAAAUGUGAGGUUUUACAAAGAGGAAGAAAAGAAUGAUCCUGAACAUGCAAAAAAGCUCGCCUCACUCGCAGAUCUAUAUGUGAAUGAUGCAUUCGGUACUGCUCACAGGGCACAUGCAUCAACAGAGGGUGUCACUAAAUACUUGAAGCCAUCUGUUGCUGGUUUUCUUUUGCAAAAGGAACUUGACUACCUUGUUGGGGCAGUAUCGAGCCCGAAAAGGCCAUUUGCUGCAAUUGUGGGUGGUUCCAAGGUCUCAUCUAAAAUUGGAGUGAUUGAGUCACUUCUUGAAAAUGUCGACAUCCUUCUUCUUGGUGGAGGGAUGAUCUUUACAUUUUACAAGGCUCAAGGUCUUUCGGUCGGUUCAUCCCUUGUUGAGGAAGACAAGUUGGAACUUGCUACAACACUACUUGCAAAAGCCAAGGCAAAGGGGGUGUCACUCUUGCUACCGAGUGAUGUCGUGAUUGCAGACAAAUUUGCUCCUGAUGCAAACAGCCAGGUCGUGCCGGCAUCGGCCAUCCCUGAUGGAUGGAUGGGAUUGGACAUUGGUCCAGAUUCUAUUAAAACAUUCAACGAAGCAUUGGAUACCACCAAAACCAUCAUAUGGAAUGGACCAAUGGGAGUGUUUGAGUUUGACAAGUUCGCUGUUGGGACAGAGGCUAUUGCAAAGAAGUUGGCUGACCUAAGUGGAAAGGGGGUGACCACUAUUAUCGGAGGAGGAGAUUCUGUUGCGGCCGUGGAGAAAGUAGGAGUUGCCAGUGUCAUGAGCCACAUAUCCACCGGUGGUGGUGCAAGUUUGGAGCUAUUGGAAGGCAAAGAGCUUCCAGGUGUCCUCGCUCUCGAUGAAGCCACACCAGUUGCUGUGUAAGACAGUUUUCAGUUUGGAAUUUUUUCCCACCCUCGGUGUCAGUGUUCUCACAACCUUGUAAAAGAGUUUAUGUCGUAGUACUCUUCCGAGUUUAUUAGUGUAAAUUUUAUCAUGCUUGAGUUAUUCUCUUCACACAUCAUAAAUUGCUUGUAACUGUAAACCCAGGCUGAGAGCCAUAAAUUCAAAUAAAUCAUCCAUUAGUUGUUGCCAUAUAUAUUUAACAUUCA